CAUUCCAGGCAGCAGAGAUUACCGUCGUCCCUCGAUCAGUCACUCUAUCAAUCAAUCAAAUCAUCAAAUCAAGAAAACAAUCGACGAGAGAGCUGAGCUUUGGGCAUCCAUAUUAUCAUCAUCUCCAACCAAAAAACAUGUCUUCUUCAUCUACUGCUUUUGCUCCGGACCACCACCACAACCACCCCCACCACCUCUCCCCCUCUGGCGAGCAGCUCUGUUACGUCCAUUGCAACUUUUGUGACACUGUCCUCGCGGUGAGUGUUCCUUGCUCCAGCUUAUUCAAGACUGUGACGGUUCGAUGCGGCCAUUGCACCAAUCUUCUCUCCGUCAACAUGCGCGGCCUCCUCCUCCCCACCGCCCCAAACCAGCUUCACCUUCCCCAUUCUUUCUUCUCCCCUCAAAAUCUCCUGGAUGAAAUUCGCAACACUCCCCCAAGUCUGUUGAUGAAUCAGCCAAACCCCAAUGAGUCUCUCAUGCCAAUCCGAGGAGUUGAUGAGCUUCCUAAGCCUCCUGUCGCUAAUAGACCCCCGGAGAAGAGACAGAGAGUGCCAUCUGCUUACAACCGCUUCAUCAAGGAUGAGAUCCAGCGUAUCAAAGCUGGAAACCCUGAUAUUAGCCACAGGGAGGCCUUCAGUGCAGCUGCAAAGAAUUGGGCCCACUUCCCUCACAUUCAUUUCGGACUUAUGCCUGAUCAACCCGUGAAGAAACCCAAUGCAUGCCAACAGGAAGGAGAGGAUGGUCUGAUGAAAGAUGGGUUUCUGGCACAACCAAAUUUGGGUGUAUCUCCCUAUUAAUUAUCAUCUAAGAAUAAUGAAUGAUGGAUCGAGCUAGCUAGUCAUCAUCUUAUGUUAUGGUGUACUGUAAUGUAAUUCUCCUAUGUUUUCUCUUCUAUGUUUAUUACUUAGUGUCCCAACGUACGUACUCUAAUGUUCCUUUUUAUCAUGUCUUUCAUCAUCCAAGAGUGAAGACUACUAAGCUACUACCUA